CUAAAGUUUAUUUACAAAAUGGGAAAUUGCUUCAGUCGUUCCGCUAAUAAAAAUGCGAAAAAAGAAUUAACUGGACAGCCGCCUGCAGAUAGAACAAUUCUCGACAACUGCCCAACAUCUUUAUCUUCCUUAGGUGUACAAACGCAUGAGCCUUCUGUUACAAAUUUGAGAUAUACUUCUGAUCCGACUUGCCGAAACGGUCCAAGUUUACCCCCAGUUCCAUCGGAUUCUGACAGUUCAUCUGGAUCCAGCGGGAAAAUUUUUGUAGCCCUUUAUGAUUACGAUGCCAGAACAGAUGAGGAUUUAAGUUUUAAAAAGGGUGAACAUUUAGAAGUUUUGAAUGAUACUCAAGGUGACUGGUGGUUUGCUCGGUCUAAAGCUACCAAGCAAGAAGGAUACAUUCCCUCAAAUUAUGUGGCAAAGUUGAAAUCUAUUGAAGCUGAACCUUGGUAUUUUGGAAAAAUCAAGCGUAUCGAAGCUGAGAAAAAACUGCUUCUGCCUGAAAACGAACACGGAGCAUUCUUAAUUAGAGACAGUGAAAGCCGAAGGAAUGACUUUUCACUUUCAGUUCGUGAUGGUGAUACUGUGAAACACUACAGGAUUCGCCAAUUGGAUGAAGGUGGAUUUUUUAUUGCCCGACGAACUGCUUUCAGAACUUUACAAGAAUUGGUGGAACAUUACAGCAAAGAUGCUGAUGGUUUAUGUGUCAAUCUACGAAAACCUUGUAUUCAGGUUGAAAAGCCAACCACUGGUGGUUUGUCUCAUAAUACAAGAGAUCACUGGGAGAUAGAUAGAAGCUCUCUCAACUUUGUACGUAAAUUAGGACAGGGACAGUUUGGAGAAGUAUGGGAAGGAUUGUGGAACAACACAACCCCUGUAGCCAUAAAAACUUUGAAAACAGGUACAAUGGAUCCAAAAGAUUUCUUAGCCGAAGCUCAAAUAAUGAAGAAAUUGAGGCAUCCUAAAUUAGUGCAACUCUAUGCUGUCUGUACUUUAGAGGAACCAAUUUAUAUCAUUACCGAAUUAAUGAAGCAUGGAAGUCUCUUAGAGUACUUACAAGGAAAAGCAAGGGCUUUGAAGUUGCCUCAACUUAUUGAUAUGGCUGCUCAAAUAGCUUCAGGAAUGGCAUACCUAGAGUCUCAAAAUUACAUUCAUCGUGAUCUAGCUGCUAGAAAUAUACUUGUUGGCGAAAAUAACAUAGUUAAAAUAGCUGAUUUUGGCCUAGCACGUCUGAUUAAGGAAGAUGAAUAUGAAGCUCGUGUGGGAGCUAGGUUCCCCAUCAAAUGGACUGCUCCGGAAGCUGCAAAUUACAGCAAAUUUUCAAUCAAAUCCGAUGUAUGGUCUUUUGGUAUUUUGCUGACUGAGUUAGUGACUUAUGGAAGAAUUCCUUAUCCAGGGAUGACUAAUGCCGAAGUCCUUCAUCAAGUAGAACAUGGCUACCGCAUGCCUUGCCCACCUGGAUGUCCCCCUGCUCUGUACGACAUCAUGUUGGAAACGUGGCAUAAAGAUCCCAUGAAACGUCCCACAUUCGAAACUCUGCAGUGGAAAUUGGAAGACUUCUUUACCUUAGAAGGCUCUGAGUAUAAAGAAGCUUCCAUUGCCUACUGA